CCUGGCCAUGUCGUCGUCCUUCUUCAACCCCAGCUUCGCCUUCAGCUCGCACUUCGACCCCGACGGCGCCCCCCUCAGCGAGCUCUCCUGGUCGUCUUCCCUGGGCGUGGUGGCCGUGUCCUUCUCCGGGCUCUUCACCGUCAUCGCCCUCAUGCUGGCCUGUCUGUGCUGUAAGAAGGGUGGCAUCGGGUUCAAGGAGUUUGAGAAUGCCGAGGGGGAGGAGUACGCCGCCGGCUUCUCGGCACAGGGCUCCCCCGCCACGGGGGCACAGAACGGGCCAGACGUGUAUGUCCUGCCACUCACCGAGGUCUCGCUGCCCAUGGCCAAGCAGCCGGGGCGCUCAGUGCAGCUGCUCAAGUCCACAGACCUGGGCCGGCACAGCCUCUUGUACCUGGAGGAGGUUGGCCACGGCUGGUUCGGGAAGGUGUUCCUGGGGGAGGUGAACUCGGGCAUCAGCAGCACACAGGUGGUGGUGAAGGAGCUGAAGGCGAGCGCCAGCGUGCAGGAGCAGAUGCAGUUCCUGGAGGAGGCGCAGCCGUACAGGGCUCUGCAGCACAGCAACCUGCUUCAGUGCCUGGCGCAGUGUGCGGAGGUGACCCCCUACCUGCUGGUGAUGGAAUUCUGCCCCAUGGGGGACCUCAAGGGCUACCUGCGAAGCUGCCGGCUGGCGGAGUCCAUGGCGCCCGACCCUUUGACCCUGCAGCGCAUGGCCUGCGAGGUAGCCUGUGGCGUCCUGCACCUGCAUCGCAACAACUACGUGCACAGUGACCUGGCCCUGAGGAACUGCCUGCUCGCGGCCGACCUGACAGUGAAAAUCGGUGACUACGGCCUGUCCCACGGCAAAUACAGAGAAGACUACUUUGUGACCGCCGACCAGCUGUGGGUGCCGCUACGCUGGAUCGCGCCCGAGCUGGUGGAUGAGGUGCACUGCAACCUGCUGGUGGUGGACCAGACCAAGGCCAGCAACGUGUGGUCCCUGGGCGUGACCAUCUGGGAGCUCUUUGAGCUGGGUGCGCAGCCCUACUCUCACCACUCCGACCGGCAGGUGCUGGCCUAUGCGGUCCGGGAGCAGCAGCUCAAGCUCCCCAAGCCCCAGCUGCAGCUGACGCUGUCCGACCGCUGGUAUGAGGUGAUGCAGUUCUGCUGGCUGCAGCCCGAGCAGCGGCCCACGGCCGAGGAGGUGCACCUGCUGCUGUCCUACCUCUGCGCCAAGGGCGCCACCGAGGCGGAGGAGGAAUUCGAGCGGCGCUGGCGCUCGCUGCGGCCAGGCGGGGGUGGCGCGGGCCCCGGGCUGGCGGGCCUGGCUCUGGGGGGCGCAGGCGAGCUCGCCUCCGCCUCGUCCUUCCCGCUGCUGGAGCAGUUCGCAGGCGACGGCUUCCACGCGGAUGGGGACGAUGUGCUGACGGUGACCGAGACGAGUCGUGGCCUCAACUUCGAGUACAAGUGGGAAGCGGGCCGCGGCGCUGAGGCCUUCCCGGCGCCUGGGGGUGCAGCGAGCCCCCGCCGCGCGGUGCGCCUGCAGGAGCUGUGCACGGCUGACAGCGCGCCCCCGGGCGUGGUGCCCGUGCUCAGUGCGCACAGCCCCUCGGUGCGGAGCGAGUACUUCAUCCGGCUGGAGGAGCCCACGCCCGCCGUCGGCCAUGACCCUGACUGCGCCGGCUGCACCCUCAGCCCCCACGCCGCGGACCUGCUCCCUGAUAGUGGUGACCAGGAUAAUGACUCGGAGGGCAGCGAGGCCACCUCGUUGGCCAUGGAGCCGUUGCUGGGCCAUGUGCCGCCUCCUGAGGGGUCCUGGGGCCGCUGUGACUACUACCUGCUUGGGAACCGUGCUCGGGAAUCAUCCUGUCCGCUGAGCUCGCCUUCGCCGGGGACGCGGAUGCUGGCGCAGCCCAGGGAGGACGCCGCCGACUGGGGUACAGCUGCCUUCUGCCCACCCUUCUUGGAGGACCCGCUGGGCACGUCCCCAAGUGGGGAGGAGUUGGGGGCGACCGAGGGCUGCAGGGCCACCCAGCCCAGACACUGGAGUUCCAAUGUGUCCGCAAAUAACAACAGCGGCAGCCGAGGGCCGGGCUCCUGGGACCCGGGACAAGCGGGUGGCUGCAUGGACUGCUGCCCUGGCACAGAGCACACCUUACGGGCUGUCCCUGAUCUGGGCCGUCACCUGGCCCUAGAGGACCCCAGAGAGCCCCUCCUUGGGUCACAGGGGGCCUCCUCUGGCCAGGAGCUAGGCCGCUGCUUUGGCCUCCCUCAGCUGUGUCCUGCUGAGGGCCUGGCACCGGCCAUCUGCCUGGUGACAUCUGCUCGGACAGAGGCCGCCAUGAGCCGGGCUGACAGCCCCCAGACCGAGCCCAGGCUUGCUGAGGAGGCUGAGGGCCCUGCCGGACCCCGACUGCCCCUUCCCUCAGUCCCAACCCCGUCCCAGGAGGGAGCCCCGCUUCCUGCUGAGGAGGCCAGCGCCCUCGACACCCUGCCCGCCCUGCCCACGCCCGCCGGCAGCUGGGAGACUGGCGCUGGGGCGGCCCAGACCCUGGACAGCUCCGGCGGCUGCCCUGAGCUGGGGGCGCCCGUCAGUGAGGACGAGGACGUGACAGAGGCCACUUCUGGUGUCUUCACUGAUUUGUCCAGCGAUGGCCCACUGGCCGAGAAGCCGGGCGUGCCGCUGGCCUUGCGCUCUCUGCAGAAGCAGGUCGGGACCCCAGACUCUGUGGACUCCCUGGACAUCCCAUCCUCAGCCAGCGAUGGCGGUGGCCGUGAGGUCUUCAGCCCGUCAGUUGUCGGCACUCCCGGCGGGCAGCCCCGAGCCCUGGACAGCGGCUAUGACACAGAGAACUACGAGUCCCCCGAGUUUGUGCUCAAGGAGGCACACGAGCCCUGUGAGCCUGAGGCCUGUGGGGAGCUGGUCUCUGAGGGGGAGAGCCCUGGGCCCGAGACUCAGCUCCCCACCUCUCUCGGUGGUGGCCGGGGCGAGAAGAACCCCUGCCGUGACUCCGCCUACUUUUCAGACCUGGACGCAGAGCCUGACUGCAAGGCAGGCCCCCAGGAGAAGCGAGGAGGCGGCCUGUCCUCCAGGCUAGAGCGGGGCCUGGGGGGCUCUGGGCUGCGGUCUGCACAGCCCUCCCCUGAGUCUGCAGGGGCUGGGGUGACGCCAGGUCCCAGAGAGGUGCCACCACUGUUGCCGCCGCUGCCUGAGGGCUCUCCUCCAGAGCCGGGCGCCUGCCCGGAGGGGCCCAGACCAGACCCUCCUUGGCCCCAGGGCCCUGCCCCAGGGCCCCCAGCGCCCAGCCCGGGGGGUUCCAAGGUUUUCCUGCUGACCCCGGUCCCGCUGAGCUCGGAGGGCCACCUCCCUGACCUCCAGGAGGCCCCUGGAGGGCCCGCACAGCUGGCACGGGCUGGGAGUCCUGGUGCCCCCAGAACCCCGCUGUGCCUGGCCCUGCCGCGGCCGCCCGCAGCCCCGGAGGGCCGGCCGGAGGAGGAAGAGGACGACAGCGAGGAGAGCGAGGAGUCGGACGAAGAGCUCCGCUGUUACAGCGUCCAGGAGCCCAGCGAGGAGAGCGAGGAGGAGCCGCCGCCCGUGCCCGUGGUGGUGGCCGAGAGCCAGAGCGCGCGCAACCUGCGCAGCCUGCUCAAGAUGCCCAGCCUGCUGUCGGAGGCCUUCUGCGAGGACCUGGAGCGCAAGAAGAAGGCCGUGUCCUUCUUCGACGACGUCACCGUCUACCUCUUCGACCAGGAAAGCCCCACCCGGGAGCUCGGGGAGCCCUUCCCUGGCGCCAAGGAGUCGCCCCCCGCGUUCCCGGCGGGCGGCCCCCGCUCCCCCAGCGCCCCCGGCCGGCCGCGGCGGGCGGACCGCUGCCCCGACGACUCGGCGGCGGAAGAGGGCGGAGGGUUCGCGUGGGCCGACGGCUGCCCGCCGACGCCGGCCCCGGAGGCCGCCCGGCCCGCUCCCGCCGCGUCCCCCAAGCAGACCGCGCCCGGCCCCUUCUCGCGCUUCACCGUGUCGCCCGCGUCCGCCUCCCGCUUCUCCAUUACGCACGUCUCCGACUCGGAUGCCGGGUCCCUGGGAGGCCCUGUAGCAGGUGCUGGGGGCAGCUGUAAAGAGGCUUGAGGCCCGGGCGGGCAUCCGUGGAGCUCCUGCCGGUCCGGCUGCAGGCAGCAGCGAGGAUGGUGACUGAGAGCGGGGACCUCGGUCUUGGUGGUCGUCAGCGGCUUCCAGCGCCUCCGUGCCUCGUCCGGGAGGAGCAGGGCGGGACGAGGGGCCUCCUCCGGCCCCGGAUGGUGGAGCAGCCCGCCACACACGCCAGCCAGUGCCGUGCUGCCGAGGGGCAGGGUUUGUCCCGGACAUGGGGGCCCGUUGCUAGCUGCUGGGGGUGCCCUCCGGCGUCCGGCCCGAGCAGCCCCCCACCCUCCAACCGCCCCCCCCGACUCUGCUAGCGGGCUGCUCGGCUUCUGAAGCCAGGGGACCGGCUCUUGGCUCAGGGGUCCUUGCAUGCCCGCCUCCUGGUUCCUGAGGUGAAUUACAUGGGCCCGCUGGGACGGCCUCUCUGCCCCCUUCGCCCCUUCUCCCUGGUUCGGGGUUUGCUCAGCGCAAGAACCCAUGACCGCCCUGCCCUGGGCUUGUGUGUCCCCCUACCACCCUUACCUCAGAGUCUGUGGCUGUAUUUCCCUCCAGUGACUCAGCUGGACCCGCAAACUGUCCCUCCCCAGCUGCCUGGGGCGGCUCCUGUCUGAGUCCACGGCUGCAGCCUGGCAGGCGGGCCAAGGCGGGCGGCCUGAAAGAUGGGGGGGCUGUCCGGCCACACCUGUUCUAGAGGUGCCGGCGGCUGGCCCUGCAGCCCCCACAAUCCGCACUGGGGCCCUGCCU